AUGUCAGAAAAGGCUAUGAAAAUAGAUCCAAUUAUUUUGAUCCAAAAAAUCAUCCGAGAAAAUACUUACUUAACCGAAAUUGAUAAUAAGCUCGAUAUUGAUGAUUUUCAUAAUCCAUUAAAUGUAGAAGAAACGCAAUCUUAGCUGGUGGAUUCGAUUUUUGGUAGUUGCAAUAUAAAAUCUCAGAAAGGUUAUUAAUUUAUAUAUAUGAGUGUAGCAAGCAAAAUGAUUAGUUCAUCUGGUAAUGCUAAGGCAACUUCUAUACAACCAUAUGGCUCAUUAUUUAAAAGUGGAGUUUCUAAUUACACUGUUUCAGAUGAGGAUGAAAUUUAAAAAGAUUUCAUCGAGAUCAAAGAUGGCAAACAAUAUAAUUCUUAGAUUGAGAUUGAUGAUGUUCAUAACUUGAAACCCCCAGAGUUGAAAAAUUAAAAAUAUCAAAUGACUUAUGAGGAACUGAACUAAAGAUGUCAACAACUUGAAUAGAAUUUGGAAGUAGAAAGAAAAAAAAAUGUAGAACUUAAUGAUAUUAUUCUCUGUCAAAAUGAGAAGAUCUAGGAACUUACAGAAAUAGAGAAGGCUGCAUAUGAGCAAAUGGAUAGCAGACUCAAAGAGAUCUCAGAGUUGUCAGCCAAGAAUAUAUACUUAGAAGCAUAAUUGUAGGAGUUAAGGGAAAGACAAGAAAAAGAGCUGAGUAAAAAUGAUUAUAACCAAUUUAGAAACUAGAAUAAAAGGACUUGUGGAUUCUAAUAACAAUUCACAAAUGAAUGCAAUGCUAUGUAUUUUAGUGUGUUCUUAUACUUAGAAAUAAAGGAGAAACAAAUUUAAUUGUUACAAGGUCAGCUGAGUAGUCUAAGAGCUGCUACUUAGUAUAGAUCAUAAGGGAGCUAUCAUAGUGCAUAGAGUCAUGACAAUAUCCAAGACAAUUAAGUUGUAAAUCACAUUAUCAAUAACACCAAUAAUAAUUAGAUUAUCAUAAAAAAUGAAAUAUUUCAAAAGGGAAUGACUUCCCUAGUUUAAUAACCAAAGACAUCAACUCCCAAGAAAUAAUAAUUUAUUAAUUAGGAUUCCCAAUCUACCCAAAGAUCCAAAAAAAGUGUGAACCACAACAAAUAAAGUUCCAAAGAUACAAUAACUUAACCACCAACAUCAUGGUUGGAUCAUCUAUAAAAGAAGAAUGAUGAUAAACUUAAAGUUUUGAAAAAUCAACCUUCAGAAAAAGAAUUUUAAUAAGCUUAUUUGAACAAUUCAAUUAAUGACAAUGUCAAUAAAUAUAUGCAUGCAGAUUUAAAGAUAACGAAAGUUAAUAGUCCGGCAUUUUAAAGAAAAACUACUUAUUAAUUAACAUAAGACAAUGAUAAUUAAGAUAACAAAGAUUUUGUAAAAUAGAAAAGUUUCUAGCAUAAAUGA